AUAAGGUGUCAGGAUGUCGCUGUCUAUUUCUCCAUGGAGGAGUGGGAGUAUUUAGAAGAACACAAGGACCUGUACAAGGACGUCAUGAUGGAGAAUCCCCAGUCCCUCACACCACCAGGUAAAGACGGGUUGAGCAGCUCACAUGGAUACUUCAAUUUAUCUUCCUACCCUGAAGUAGAAGAUAACAAUACUACAAAAACUAGUUCAGUAACUCCUAAUGUACCCUCAGUCUUUCAAAGUGAAGAUCUAUCCACUGACACCACUGGUCACAAGAAUAGUUUGUGUAAUCAAUCACUGAUUGGCAAAACAUUUACAAAACAUCACAAAUCAUUUUCAUGCUCUGAAUGUGGUAAAUCUUUUACCAGGAAAUCCAUUCUAGGUCAACAUCAGAGAACUCACACAGGAGAGAAGCCUUAUUCAUGUUCAGAAUGCGGAAAAUCUUUUACCAGAAAAAGCAGUCUAGUUAAACAUCAGCGAACUCACACUGGGGAGAAGCCAUUUACAUGUCCUGAAUGUGGAAAGUCUUUUAAUCAGAAAUCAGAUCUUGUGUGCCAUCAAAGAAUCCACUUAGGAGAAAAGCCAUUUUCAUGUUUAGACUGUGGGAAAUGUUUUACCGAUAAACGAAAUUUUAUUCGGCAUCAGAGAACUCACUCUGGGGAGAAGCCAUUUCCAUGUCCUGAAUGUGGGAAGUGUUUUAGUUUGAAAUCAGAUCUUGUGAGCCAUCUAAGAAUCCACUUAGGGGAGAAUCCAUUUUCAUGUUCAGAAUGUGGGAAAUGUUUUACAGAUAAACGAAAUUUUAUUCGGCAUCAGAGAACUCACAGUGGGGAGAAGCCAUUUCCAUGUCCUGAAUGUGGAAAGUGUUUUGGUCAUAAAUCAAUGCUUAUAAAACAUCUUAGAUGUCACACAGGGGAGAAGCCAUUUUUAUGUUCAGAAUGUGGGAAGUGUUUUAGUCAGAAAUCACAUCUUGUUACACAUCAGAGAACUCACACGGGGGAGAAGCCAUUUAUGUGUCCUGAAUGUGGGAAGUCUUUUAGUAAGAAAUCGGAUCUUGUGAGCCAUCUAAGAAUCCACUUAGGGGAGAAGCCAUUUCCAUGUCCUGAAUGUGGGAAGUGUUUUAGUGAUAAAUCAGUGCUUAUACAACAUCUUAGAAGUCACACAGGGGAGAAGCCAUUUUCAUGUUCAGAAUGUGGGAAGAGUUUUAUUACAACAUCAUGUCUUGUUAGACAUCAGAGAACUCACACAGGUGAGAAGCCAUUUAUGUGUCCUGAAUGUGGGAAGUGUGUUAGUCAGAAAUCACAUCUUGUUUCACAUCAGAGAACUCACACAGGGGAGAAAACCUUUAUGUGUCCUGAAUGUGGGAAGUGUGUUAGUCAGAAAUCGCAACUUGUUAAACAUCAGCGAGUUCAUACAGGGGAGAAGCCAUUUCUAUGUCCUGAAUGUGGGAAGUGUUUUAGUGAUAAAUCAAUGCUUAUACCACAUCUUAGAAGUCACACAGGGGAGAAGCCAUUUUCAUGUUCAGAAUGUGGGAAGAGUUUUAUUACAAAAUCAUGUCUUGUUAAACAUCAGGGAACUCACACAGGGGAGAAGCCAUUUAUGUGUCCUGAAUGUGGGAAGUAUUUUGGUCUGAAGGCAUUGCUUAUAGAACAUCUACAAAGUCACACAGGAGCGAAGCCAUUUUUAUGUUAAAAUGUGGGAAAUCUUUUAAUCAGAAAUCAAGUCCUUCUAGACAUGAGAGAACUCACUCGGAGGAGAAGCCAUUUUAAUGUUUAGAUUGUAGGAAACAUGGAGCUUCAUUGUAGGACCUGCAGCUUUCUGAUUUAUAACUUAAUGUGGUUUUACGAGACUUUAAUACCGAUGAGCUAUUCUCAGGAUAGGUCAUUAGUAACUGAAAAAUGGAGAUCCAGCAGCUGGAACACCCACUGAUGAACUGUUGGAGAAGGCAUCAGGGCUCACAGUAGUGCCGCUGCCUUCUUUCAGCUUUUUUCUAGGCCAGUGACAACAUAUUCAUCGGUCACAUGACCUAGGCUCAG